AUGUUUACGAGUACGGGAAAGACGGCGCCACCACAGGCUUUCAUGUCCAGUUAUGCGCCGCGAUUACGGAGCCACGGAAACUCGCUCAUAUCGCCCAUUGUGCCGCCCUCGAAUACCCUGCCUGCGCCGCGCGUGACAAAACGCGGAACUGCCGUUGCCAGCUAUGCGGAAGAUGCCUACGAUGAUGACGACUUUGAGGAUAGCGAUCGACCGCGACGGGCGACGGGUCUGCGCAGCGUGCAAAAGAUGGACGUGGCCAGCGCAGACCAUACGGCGCAAAUAGCAGCUUUGGGCCAGGAGCUCACUGCGCCUGUCGACAUACAAGGGAUAUGGCGAGACUGGAUGGGCAGGCCGAAGCGCACACUUACAGAAAAACAAGUGCAGACGCAGUCAGUCUUGCCCGUCACGUUGAUACCGAUUCGAAUAGACAUGGACAUCCAGGCUUUCCGCCCUGAUGCGCCGCUGCCAACACCUUCCAACGCUCGAGAAUUUGGUAUCAACGAGAACCUACCCGCGUACAAACAGCCCGACGUCACUCCUGCGUAUAGGCUGAAGGACUCGUUCCUUUGGAACCUGCACGAGGCUUUGACGACGCCUGACCAGUUUGCAAAGCAGUUCGUCGAUGAACUAGAUCUGCCAAACGAUCGAAAGCCCCUCAUAAUCUCCCAAAUCGCAAACCAGAUUCGGCAGCAGCUAGAAGAAUACGCCGGUGUUGCGCUACAUCCCCUCUUCCAUUCCGCAAACGCGCCCGCUAUCCAAGGAACGAAUGCAAAGACUGCUCUACCUGCGACAUCUCGAGACGGCACUUCCACACCCCGAGUACCAGCCACCAACGGCGCGUCGACGCCUAUGACCAACGGCGUAUCGCAUACAAACGGCACGCAGACACCAGCGGGCAUUCCAAAUGGCAUCAGCGCGACCGCGACUGCCCUGCCUUCCGAAGAGCUCCACAACCCUGAUGACACCUACCGGUGCAUCGUCACGCUCAACAUCAACCUCAUGAACCGACUAUACACAGACAAGUUCGAAUGGUCGCUAUUGCACCCGCCCGGGUUCGCAGAGAUGUUUGCCAAAACGACGUGCGCAGAUCUAGGCUUAUCAGGGGAGUGGGUGAACGCCAUGACACACAGCAUCUAUGAAGCAGUCCUGCGACUAAAGAAGGAAGCUUGUGAAAAUGGCGGACUAGUUGGUGACGGCGAAAUCGACAACGACGCUGUCGAGCCAACAAUCGGCGCGGGCUGGAGAUACGACCAAGAGCACCUUUGCGAUGAAUGGGAACCGAAAGUGGAAAUCCUAUCACCAGAAGAGAUUGAGAAGCGUGAAGGCGACCGCGAGAGGCAGAUCCGCAGACUACGCAGAGAGACUGCGCGCUUCUCCUCGACAGCGAAUAUGACUGGCACUCCCGCCAACGAGUUCUUCAACAACAUCGAAGGACAAGAGAAUAUGGGUCGCGGCGAGCGCAGCAAGAAGAAGAGGCGGUUCAGAAGUUUGAGUCCGGUUGGAAGAGGCACGCCUGGCGCUGGAGGAGGAUCCGGCUAUGGCGGGCAGGAUGGAGGGCUACAAGAAGGGGAGCGACAAACAUGGCGCUGCGCACACUGCUGGGUCUGGGGAACUGCCGUCUGGGCCGUCCGCGACGGACCAAAAGGCCCGCGUACCCUUUGCAAUAACUGCGGUUACCUCUACGAACGAGACAAGAAACUUCCGCCUUGGUCGGAAAAUCUGUUCUAUCAUGAACGGCCGCAACAUGAGGUUCAACAAUAUCGACCGCAACGAUGA